AUAUAAGAAUUGUCGAAAGAUCAAGUUACUUAAUCUUGAAUCGACGGCUACAUUCGAUUGGAAUGAAAUGACUGAAUACGUUUCACAUUCUUGGCCAGAACUUAAAUCCAUUCGACUUUCAAUCUUUGUGGUCCCAUCUAAAUCUAAGCAGUUAAAUGCAGAAGAACAGGCUUUUAGUGAUUGCUGUAGUACUCUCAAGAUAUCCGCUCAUAUCUCUAAAAUGAGUUAUGCUGUGAACCCGUCCAUCAGCCCAUUCGUGGGUCCUAUCAACGUCAUGAUUGGAAACGAAAGCUUUACGCUAUAAUGAUUCGAUUCUUACGUCUCUGGCUUUCAAACCGGGCUCAGGGGAUGAUGGAUCCUUAGGUCUUCCUGUACAGCUCUGUAGGUGUGGUGAACCGCAAGACUUAUCCAUACCAAAAACUUUGUCUUUCCUUAUAUCUUUGUUUAGCUCAAUACACGACUUUCUUCAUACCUUGCUUGUCUUCAGUUCUGAGUCUUUUCGUUCUCCUCGCAAAUACCAAAACAAAUUCCAUCAACUAUAGAAUUCCCCCAAGGCAGAAAGGCCUCUAGAUCUGUAUGUUUUUGUUUACCUAUUCCCGAUUUUCGUUCUCUUCGACUGUUUUCUUUUGUUAUUUGGUGACUGUGGAUUUUCGACUAUGAAAUGAAUGAAAGGUAGACUUCUAAGAAAAAAUUCAUUUCAUUUUUACACC